AUGGCUUCCAUCAUGGAGAAUGCUUCGAUUGAGUCUGCAGCUGCAGUCGCCGUCAACCAUCCCUACUAUCCACUUGAGAUGGAAAUAGGGAGUUAUCUUGCAAACGAAUGGACUGUACCUGCUCUUCUGAGCAUGUUUUUCGGUGCUUGCGCUGUGUUGUCGAUAUGUACUCGCACUUUUGUUGCCAGAUCAUAUCCCCGCCUGCCAAGCAGUGAGAAGGCUGCCAUAUGGUGGUUAGUAUUAUCUGGCGCGAUCCACCUCUUCUUCGAAGGAUAUUUCUCGCUCCAUCACACUCAAAUUAUCAAAGAUCAACAAUUGUUGGGACAACUGUGGAAGGAAUAUGCGCUGAGUGACAGUCGAUAUUUGACAUCCGAUCCCUUUGUCCUUUGCAUGGAAACAGUGACAGCAUUUCUAUGGGGACCUAUGUGCUUCGUCGUUGCGGCCUUCAUUGCGACUGGCCACCCACUUCGACACCCACUACAAAUUAUCGUGACUGUAGGACAGAUAUACGGACUUGUUCUCUAUUAUGCCACCCAUACUUUUGAUUACUAUCACAAAGAAGUCAUUUAUUCUAGACCUGAAUUUUUGUACUUUUGGUUCUACUAUUUCUUCAUGAAUUUCCUCUGGAUGAUCUUCCCGGGCAUGCUCCUGGUUGACUCCGUACGUACCAUCGCGCGCACCUUCACAGAGCUGGACAAGGUCAACAACACUAGGAGCAUGAAUAGUUUCGCAAAGAAAGGUCAAUGA